AAACCUAUUAUUCUACCGCAUCAUCAGCCAUCCCCCCUUCUUCCUUCCCAUUAUUUCCCCCCUUUCAGAACCGUUCACUCACCUUAGCAGCCAUUGUUCGCGGUCCUCGAGACACAACAAUCAUGCCUGCGCUCCGCACACACGAUACCCCUUCUCAAUCACUUGAGGUGAUUACAGACGCCCUCCAACCGCCAACCUUGGCUAUUAUUUCUCCGACGCCGCGCGCCUUCACUUUCCCUAUUGAUCAAAACGAAACCUGUCCUUACUCGUCGCCUGUUAAUUCGCCAUUUGAGCCAGAUCUCCGGAAGCUCACGCUCACCCCUUCACACUCCACUCUCGUUCGCACUCUUUCCCCUGUAUCUCCCUCGUCAUCAUCAGGAUCGACUUCGGUCUUCUCCUCGACAUCGUCAUUCACUACCUUAUCUUCUGGCCCUGCAUCCCCAUCAUCGCACAAACGCCGCAAGUCGUCGAUAUGCAGCGACAUCGAGCGUAGACCAAGAAAGGGUGAUGAAGAUUACAUCAAGCGCCCUGAAAAUGCUUUCAUUCUCUUCCGCAGGAAGUGCUGUGAGGAGCGACAACAAGCUCAAGAGGAGGCAGUAUCAGCAGCAUACGCUGACGCGCCAACGAAGAAGCAGCGACAGGCGGAUCUGUCAAAAACAAUCAGUCAGCAGUGGAAAGCGCUUUCUGCAGAGGAGCGGCUGUAUUGGGAAGAGCAGGCGAAGGAAAAGAAAAAGGAGCACGAGCAGAUGUACCCGAAUUACGUAUAUCGCCCCCAGCGAUCGAAGGACAAGAAGGGGAAGAAGAGUAAGCGAGGCGAGUUUGAGCACGAGACAGAUUGUGAGAGCAGCAUCUCGUUUGUGCUUCCAUUGUCGCCUCCGACGGUGAUGAAGCAUGGCCGUUCUGCGUCCGCUCCCACUCCCCCACCUACUCGGCAAACAAUCCAAGUUCCGACGGUUUACAUGCCUUCGUGUCCGACAUCGCCGUCGCUGUUGCCAAUGAUCAGCCGCCGCGCGUCGCAUCCAGACCAUGGAAUGAACUCAUCAGCGUCACAGUUCGAUUUCUUGCCCCAACAGCAGUUUUCGCACCCUAACGCCUAUGUAUCAGGCCUUGAUGCCAAUGGAUUCUACCAUGGGAUGUUCGAGAACCCAUCUGCGCCUCAUCCUCUGUCGAUUUCCACCGACAUGUCCAUGCUGCACGCUAGUCAACAAAUGGUUUCCCCAGCGUCGUCGAUAAUGUCAGCCGCUUCAUCCGGCCCGCAUACCGGCCCUUAUACGCCCGUAAAUUGCAUGCCUUCCGCAUUCUCGUUCCACGAGGCGUCGCGUGAUUUAGACAGUGCGUCCUGCAUGAAUGAAGCAGAAAUAGAUUCACCCAUGUCUGGAUCGCCUCUGGAUAACGUGCACUUCGGAUACCCCGAGUCGUAUUCUUGGGAAGGACAGGGCGCGUGGGAAAGCCACGGCGACCUUCUUGCCGGAGACGAGUUUGACCUGAGUGCUAUCCCUCCAAUUCAACUCGGUAUGCCAGGAUGCGGGGGGGAGUUGGUGUCCAUGAGCCAGCACCCGUCGGCAUUCAACAUUGACUACGCGUCUUGCUCCUUUGACGCAUCGUCGAUGGAGGUAAACCAAUAUCCACUCGAGGCGCAAGGGCAUGAUACGUUUGAGCAGUUGUUCAACUUCGACAACAUGCUUGUGGCAUCUGCCGGAUUCUGAUCUCUUAACCGAUGUAUGCUGGCGUCAUCGGCCUUGGACUUUCUUUUCAUUGGACACCUGUAAAAUAACCUCUCCAUCACAUCCGCAUCCACGUCCGCACGCUCUCACCUUUUCUUCCGUAUUUGAUCUUGGUUUCUGUGGA